AUUCAGCUCUGCUUUAGAAAUUAGAAAUUCGCAUCUUUAUAUUUUAAGGAUUGAGGCGUGGAGGAGGGGAUACCUUUCGACCACCAAAGCGCAGAAAGGAGUAGUUUUGUUUUUAUUUAACUUUUUUCAAUUUGAGGCAAUGUUAAGUUACUUUUGAUAAGGGUUUUCACGUUAUUGGCGGAUAUUCUUUGAUCUUUGACCUCAGACCCUUUCAACCUUAACCAUUAGCACCAUCAGGUCAAUAACCUCAAUUGCCAUUAUUAGCCUAUUGCCUUCCGUGUUUGAAGAGCUUUUAAAAAUAUAAAAAAUAUAUUUACCUACAUUGCACUCAAUCGCUGAACAAAUUAAAUUUACCUACUUUGAAAUAUUUUGCAUUCAUUAAAUGGCUGGGUUGUUGUUGAUCCCUACUCGGAUACUAUGUUACUCUGUUUCCACAAGUGGGCUAAUGUGCUAGUGUUUUUAUUAAUAUUUCGAUAAGACUAAACAUCGCUCCAGAAAAAAGCAUCGAAUUUAGUAUAGAAUUAAGACUAUAAGCUUUACUUUAAUUAAAUAACUAGUCAUAAUUACACUUAUCUGUAAUUAGUAAUUACUAGGGUCAGAAGCUAAUUGAUAGUCGUUGUAAAUGUAUUUUCCUAAUGUUUAAUUAAAUCACUUAUUUAAUAGGUGGGCCAAAUUUUUGUCUGAUAUCUAACCUAUAUAGUAAACUUGAUUCGAAAAACAAAAUUUGUAUAAAUAAAAGUAAAUGUUUCGUUUUAUGCAAUAGCAACACUGAAACAAAAUGGCGUUUACGCGGGCUGGUCUUGUCGUCAUGACAGUCAUUUGUUUUUGCCGCUACAAAUAUGUUUUGUCCCUUUUUAACCACAGGACAAUCGUAAUACUCUUUCUUCGUCAUAACAACGAAUGAUCUAGUUGAUGCGUGAAUGGUGAUUCGUGAGCUACGUACGUCGUACUGUCUUGUCUGUAGCUCGCUGCUUGUCGUGAAACAAAAUAAAUGUAAUGUUGUGCAGAUCGGCUGUGUGAUUGUAUUUUGUGAAUUUUAAAUUACGUAUCGCGUAAUUUUUAAAUGAAAACUUUGUGAUUAGAACGUGGACAGUAAAAAUUUUUAUACAAAUUCUGGAAUGAUUUUUUGGAAAGUGAUUUAAAAUCAUAUUUGAUUUCGUAAGAAAUUGAUGACAUUACUAAUAUGAUGAAUAGAUUCAAGACACUUGAAUAAUCAAGUAGCGAGCGUAUCAAUUCAAAAGACUGAUUUUUAAGUAGAACGCACAUUCCUAUACGAUGCUAUAGACAUAGCACAAGAUGUUCAAGCUUUUGGGGGGCUUGAGCGUGUACUUCAAGUACCAGGAGAUAAGGACUGACAACGCCGUGUUCAGACUGCACAAUGUGUUCACGACGGUGUUGCUGCUAACCUGUUCACUGAUCAUCACCGCUACGCAGUAUGUGGGCCAGCCGAUACAGUGCAUCGUGGGUGGGGGCUUGCCCACGCAUGUGGUCAACACGUUCUGCUGGAUCACCUCCACCUUCACGAUGCCUGACGCCUUUGCUAGAGAGGUCGGUAGCGAGGUGGCGCAUCCAGGAGUCAUGAACGAAUAUGACAGCUCACAGGAGAAGAAGUACUACUCGUACUAUCAGUGGGUGUGCUUCGCUCUGUUCUUCCAGGCGAUAAUGUGUUACACACCCAAAUACCUUUGGGAUGCAUUCGAGGGAGGUCUCCUAAAGACCAUUGUGAUGGGGCUGACCAGCGGAGCGUGCCACGCUGAGGAGAAGGACAAAAAGAAGAAGGUCAUCAUUAACUACCUGAGGAUGUAUAAAAAGAGACACAAGAUGUACGCGUUCCGGUACUGGGGCUGCGAGUUGCUGUGUCUCAUCAACAUUGUGCUGCAGAUGUGGAUGAUGGACAGCUUCUUCAACGGGGAGUUCUUCUCCUACGGGAUCAGAGUGUUGGGCUACAGUGAGAUUGCCCAGGAAGAUCGAUACGACCCAAUGAUCUACGUGUUCCCGAGGGUCACCAAGUGCACGUUCCACAAGUUUGGUCCUUCAGGCAGUAUCCAGACCCACGAUAGCCUGUGCAUCCUGCCGCUCAACAUCGUCAACGAGAAGACCUAUAUCUUCAUCUGGUUUUGGUACAUCAUACUGGCAGUCAUACUCGUCUUGCUUGUCUUAUACAGACUGAUUAUAAUCUGCUUGCCGUCGGUGCGUCCCCGGCUGCUGCAGGCGCGCUCUGACUCCAUCUCGCGCAAGUCAGCGGAGAUCGUGUCUCGAGAGCUGGACAUCGGGGACUGGUGGCUCAUGUACAUGAUCGCCAGGAAUAUGGACCCGAUCAUAUACAAGGAAUUAAUUAGAGAUCUAAUUGAAGAUAUAGGUGAGAAAGGCAGCCCAAGUGCGUGACGAUUGAAACCGGGCGGGGACGCCUCUCAUAUCGCAGUCUUAGGCGUCUGACACAACCCUAAAGGUGCUUGUUCACUGUACCGCGACUUACCGCACCGUGCCGCACUGUACGGCUUGUACCGGUGGGUACUGCACAAGUUGAAACCUUUAGCUAGGCUAACUAGAUAAAUAAUCCAACUCAUGUCAUCGCGGUCAAGAAUAAAAAUAUAGUUAAAUUAAAUUUGUAACCAAAAUUUUUGAAAAAUACGGGACUCGAAACCGCGAUCUCGGGUUCCGUCUUCCAACUUAGCCAAUAGAUUCACGUAUUGUUCUGGUAAAUAUUGGUAUGUCUAGUUCAACUCUCAGGUUGUGGCUCCAUCUACAGGAUCUACUUUACAGUUGAUAACUUUGAGAUUGUGUGACUGUAUCCCGCAUCAUUGAUAAAUUUUGGUUACAGAUUUAAAUUAAUUAAUCCCAGCAGUGAGGGGUUCAAAAUAUAGUGUUAUCAGUAAUAUGGCGCAGUUAGUUGGCCUUCUCUCAAUGACUGUAACAUAGUGUUGUAAGGCAUUUGCAACAAAAUAAAAUACUUUUACAAUCGCGUGUAACUACUGUAACCACCCGACUGCACACCUCAGGUGAUUGACUGAUUUGUUUGCAUUGUGAAUUAAUGUAUUACCCCCUUAUUCAUAAUAGUCUUCGAACUUAAAGCAUUGCUAAUUCUCACUCUGUCUUCUUCUAUUGACCUAAGUCAGAAUGAGAAAAAACACUCCUAAGCGGCUGUUUAAAGUUAGCGGACCAUUAUGAAUAAGGGGGUUAGUCUAUAAUUUUGAUGGGUUAAAUAAUAAGAGUUGAAUUUAACCUAACGUAUGUAAGCUUCAUCAAGCAAGUGCCUUUCCCCAUGCAUUAUACAGCGAAUCAAUUCUUCCAGGUAUAUUUAAGUUAGUUCUACUGACAAAGUCUAUCAAUAUAAUAAAGUUUUGUCUGUCUACCCGCUAGUUGCAGAAUGCAUCCUUGAAGUUAAUGUUUCAUUAAAUAUAAUACCGCCACUUUCUUUUUCAUUUUGACAGUCAAAGAUAGCAUGUCUGUCGGUAUAUAGAACUGCAUUUUCGAAUCUGUGUUUUGACACUUUUUCUUCUAUAUGCUAUAUAUUUCCUUUAUGCGGUAUUCGCGGGACAGUGAGCAAGUACUUUUACAUUAUGUUAUUACGCGUGAGUUUAUACUAUGUAAUUUUGUUUAUAAAAUGCUAUUGCAUUUUAGAUGAUUUUUCCUAAUAAUAUUUGUUUAUUACUUUUAUACGGUACCUUCAAAUAUUGAUGUGAUAUUUAAUGAACUGUAUUGCGAAAAAACGCAGUAAACCUUAAACAAUAUAAAUUUUGUGACAGUUCCAAUGUUACGUCAGUUAACCAUACAUUGCUAGUUGAUUAUGACAAUAAUAGGAGUUUAGUUUAAUCACCGCGCAAUGUAAUGCUCAAGUGAUUUCAUCACAUCAUUAGUACAUCUAACGAAUAAUUUAAAAUUGUAACCCAUUUUCUUAGAUAACUUACACGUUUAGAUAUACUGUGAAUACGAUGACGACCUGUUAACCUCUAUAUUCAGCAACGCACACUAAAACAAAGUGACUGACGUAUUGCGAGUGUAAUCGUAGCUGCAAGAAACCUGGCAUGUUGUCAUGCGACGCCUAACAGCUAGAGGCUGUCUAGACGUAUAAAUUAUCUAAGCCAUUUUGAUUGUUUGCGAUAGCAUAAAGUUGUAGUAUUUAUAAUAUAUAUUAGGUAACAAAUACUCAGUUCUUCGAGGGGUUUCAAUAAUAGCUAAUAAUGGUAUUAUAUUAUGAAUUUAAUGAACAUAUGAAUCAAUGACAAAUUAUCAAUUUUUAUUUGAUCCUGUCUAAUGACGUUCUAUACAUAUAGUCAAAUCACGUUGUAUAAAAACAAAGCCGAAACAUGCCAUAAACUAUACCUUAUUAAGCUUCGACUGCUAUAUCUAUACAUUGCCGCGUUUACUCCAGUUGUUUAACAUACUCUUGGACAAUAAGCAGCAAUGUAAAACGUUUAUUGAGUUCAGGUUGCGUAUGUUGAAUUUUGAAACCCGAUUCGGACAGUGAUUCAUGACUAAGGAGAAAAGUGUGCUUACAUUGUCUUUAAGCACACUUUUCCCGCUCCACUGUCAGAUUGCGAAUAAUAUGUGCUUAUACUUGUAUAUAACGUCAUUACAAUACGGAAUGUAAUAUUUUAAUUGAACCGUCGAGAUUGUAGCAAUUAGAGAAUCUCUUAAAAGUAUUGUAAUUAUUAAAACUUUACAUGAUUCCAAUAUUAAAUUUACACUUAAUUGUGCACAUGACAAUUUGAAUUGUUUCAAUCUAAAAUCUAAAAAGAAACCGCCGUUCAAUUAAAGUCUGGCUUUAUCAUAGGGUAAAAUUAUAUCUACCCUCAAAAUGAAAUUUUUCUAUACUAACAUUUUUUGAUUAAGAUCUAAGUACUUGUUGAUCUAAGGUUGUUAUUUUAAAGAGCCUUUUAAGUAACUAAGCGAUAAAAAAUUGUGAACAAUUUAUGUCUCGUUCAUUCCAAGGCAUGAAAAAAGGACGGGUAGAUACAAUCGCAUAAGCUAAGGUGUUGAUUAUUAACUUUCUUAUUAGAAGAUUUACAAUGAUUCUAAAUAUAAGGGACCUGAUUUACUUAUUUAUAUUUUAAUGUGUUACAACAUUUUAUAUUCCAAUAUCAUUGCUUAGAGGCUUACAGUGCCUGCUUGUUGUAGAAGAAGACCCGUGUAUAAUGUAAACAAGGCUGAAGAAUAUUUCCAAAAAUAACCUAAUUCUGAUGUUGUAGAUACUGGCGAUAGAAGUGAAAACUUACAAUUUUGAGUAUUAAAAUUUGAAAUUUCAUAGUGAUUAUAAAUAAAUUAUUUAUUUUGAAAACUUAUUUUGAAUAAUAUAUAUUAAUCAAACAAAAACACUAUUUCAACAAUGCACAAUAUAUACACAUUGAACUUUUCACUAAAUCCAUUCAAUUUCCACAUAUAACUGCACUGAUUUUGCAUAAACGUCAUAUUAAAAUUUACUACGUAUAGUUUGACACUGACAGCUGUCAAAGUGUACGCUCUACUACUUAUAGAUUGACGCUGUCAAAGUAUACACAGUUUUCGUCGCAUUCAACCUGUCACAUUCACAGUAACUAUUUGAAUAAGAAAGCGAGAAGGCUAAAUAGUAUAUUACAUACUCGGAUAAUUUAUUCGUCUAGAUAGAGCCUCUUGUUGCUAUACAACCGAUGAAAAUAGGCCAGGUUUAGUACUUUAAUGUGCGUGACAAGCUACCACGUGUUAAACUCGCGAUUUGUAUGUCACUUUGUGUUAGUGUGCGUGCAUUGGUCAGAAUAGAAGUUAACUGACAUCGUCAAAAUUUUUCAACGUUUUCAUAGCUGUCAUUGUCUAUCUCAUAGUUUCUCAACCUUAUUUUGCUCACCGCCCACUUUGAGAACAUGUUUUUUUCUAGAGUAUUUUCGUGUAUUUUUUUGCCUUUUUAGACUAUAUUUUUUAAUCUAUCCACGCCCCAUCUGCGCCGUCUCAAUGCCCCCUAAUUUUCUUUGGGUCUUCUACUAUCCCCCCGAAAGUCUCAAACGCCCACAAGGGGGCGUUAUCGCCCACGUUGAGAACCUAUGGUCUAUCUAGACGUAUAAAUGAUCUAAGAUUACAUAUAUAUUACUUUGUGUAUGUCUUCAUUUCAGCCAUACUUCAAUAAUAACCGGGAAUUUCUGUUUGAUGUUUUAUUCAUAGUAUUUUUCUUGUCUAAAACGCAGGAAUUGUAGGCCUCUAAACUGUGAUAUAUGUGUGUUUUUACUGCUGAGUGCCAAUAUGUUGUACUGUAUGGUGUAUGUAUCUAUGUUAAAAUGUAUUAUAAUAUUUGUAACAGAAAAGAAGCUAUGUUAGUUAUAACGCAUUAUUUCAUAACGAAAAGCAAGGAAGGUUGUUUUUAUUAAAUUAUCUGAAUCAAAUCUGUACAGGUAAAUUACUUUUGAGACGUUUUUGCAUUUGUGUGUGUGUGUGUGUGUGUGUGUGUGUGUGUGUGUACGUGUACGGUCAGCACAUAAAUAAAUAAACCAAUAAUUUUACAUUUUUGUAUAAUUUUUGCAGCCAGGUUCUUCAUAUGGAACUAAUAAUAUUAAACGAUAUUAAAAUAGUGAAUAUUGAUACUAGACAUAUAAAAAAAUAUCUCCAACUCCAUACAUUUCGAAGUCUUUCUCAUUUUCAUCCGAUGAAUCAUUUGUGUUAACUGUAAUUUGUUCUGAUAUUAUAUCCGUGCCUUGAAAUUUCUAUAUACAUAAAUAAAACAAAUGCAAAAACGUCUCGAAAAUAAAUUUACCUAUAGCUAGAAACUUGAUCCGUCAUUUAUCUGAUGCGUCAUAUCAUUUCAAUCAAGCUAGUUACUUUGAAUGUGCCUUGUGGAAGACUGGAUUACUAUAAAUGGCUUGAUAGAAUCAUUAUCUGUAUAUUUACCUGAGCUUUGUAUAAACUUAUAGCUGCUAGCCUUUAAAUAACACGUAAAGGCAAUAUCGGAAACCUUUUUUUUAUUUAGUGGCACGGGAUGCAAGUCCAUAGGCCAAAUGUCGAAAAUGCUCUUAGGUAUUGUGAAGGGGAGCGGUGAUCAAUUACCAACAGGUCACUACAACUUUGGAAUAAACAAAAAGCAGGCAGUUGUAAAGACUGCCGAUAGAAGUGAAAACUUACAACUUUUUGUAAUAAAUUAGUAAUUUCAUAAUGUUUAAAAACAAUUAAAUUAUUAAUUUCAAUUUAUUUAACAAAAAAACACUAUUAAACAAUGCACUUUAUACACACAUUGAAUUUUCCAUUAAAUCUAUUCAAUUUUAGUUAUAACUGCACUAAUGUUGCAAAAACGUCAGAUGUAUAGCUACUGGUAUACUGCUAUAAGAAUUUCGGUCACGAAAACUCACGAGAUUUCAGUCACACAGAAAGUGUACCUACUAACCAGUAACUAUACAUAUUUAUAUUUUUAAUUAUUUAUUUAUCGCGUGCACCAGUCGUGACCAUGUCAGUGACGCGAACCCAUAAGAUUUCACUUCAAAUUUACCUUAAGGGCAAACAUUCGAAAUAGAUUCAAACCUCAUGGGCGUGGCUUAACAUUUUCAACUCAAGGUCAGGUUCACGAGAUAGCAGAUUGCGGACUGAGGCUCAAGGCUGUCCAAAAGCAAUUUACGUCAGCGCCUUCGGUCAAUAUUAUUAUAGAUUGAUUGUGUGUAAGGCUCAGAUUUCUAGAGCGUACUUAAACUUCGCUCAGACUUUACUCACGUGAAACAAUACAAGCAUAACCUUUUAUAUCGUUUUUUUUGUCAGCUGUAAUUAUACUGACCUUUGAGCUAAGACAGACGAAUACAAACGUCAAGAUCGUAUUUUAUUACAAUCAGCAAAGUUUUACUUAAGUGAAGUCUGAGCAAAGCCUGAGUUUGCUCUAGAGAUGUUAAGUAUUUUGUAGUAAAAUACAAUACAAUUCUAGUAAAUUUUAUUUUUAACUUCCAAUACUGUUGUGUUAUUUAGUUGUAAAACAGCGGCAAACAUAUCUCAAAUGCCUACUUUGGUGUUUUCUUCUACAGAGAUAUUAUUUUGAAACUUACUCAUAUUUUAAUUCCUACGGUAACACCGUUACAAAAAAUUAUAUUUAAACAUGGCUUAGACACGUGUUUUAUUAGACGGUGACCUAACUAUAACAACAUCAGUGACCGAACACUAACGACGCCUAAAAUGGAGCUUAUCUUGUUCUAUUACGAAACAGUUUUUAGCUUGUAUUUACAACUGGAACAAAUCGGCAAAAAAUUUACAACAGGAUCGGAACGCAAUUUUUGACAGCUGUCAUCUAUCUGUCAUCAUAUAAUCUAGAUCUUGCAUAAAUUUGAUCUAUCCCUUAGACAAGCUUCUACUCGUGCUUAAAUAUAAGCAAUGUCUAAAGAUUGUUGAACGCUAAACAACAGAAAGACACUGACUUGUAAUAGAACUAUUUUAAAACAACUGUUUAACUAUUUUGUAAUGACACAUUAUAUGUUCUUAAAAAAUCAUGUAUCUAAAAACCGAACCUGUCAUUAGAAAACAUAAUGAGAAAAAGUGAAAAAUAAUUUUAAAGGUAGGGCCUUAAUGAAAAUUGUUAGUAUUAAUAUACUCGGAAGUCGGUUGUGUUCAUAAAAGACAGAUUUUUAUAUAAUUAACAUUAUAUUACGCGGUUACCUUAUUAUAAGCCUGUUGAAAUUAAUUGGUAAAUAUGACUUUGUAAAUCAGCGGCCAUUUUGAAAAAUUUGUUACGCUAAUUUGGUCUUUAUGUGAGUGUGGUAGAGUUAAGAAUUGACUGAUGAUGUGAUUAAAUUUAAGGUGUGUUUAAAAUAAUUUCAAAUUCCAAUAAAUUAAGAUGCUGGUUUGUUUGUAGUUAUCUGUAUAUGGGUAUUGCUUAAGUGCGGUUGACGAGUGAAAAUAUGAAUUCUGUAGCAUUUUUUUAAUUACUGCUGCGGGAUAAUUAAUCUGGAGGUCAAUAAUAAAUUUCAAAUAAAUAUGUGUUGUGUCUUAGAUAAUUUAUACGUCUAGAUAGACUGUGACAGUUAUGAACACGUCGCAAAAAAUAGCAGCGAACUGUUAACGUCUAGUUUCAUCAACGCACGCACACUAAAACAAAGUGACAUGCGUAUUGCGAGUGUAAGUUUUAACUGCCAGGUUUAUUACUCUGGUGUGCGUGACACACCAGAGUAGUAAACCUGGCCUCUUGCCAUGCGUUUCCUAACUCUACCUCUCUAGGUAGAGUUACGUCUCUACGUAUAAAUUAUCUACAACUUGAUUUACAUUGAUCUAACAGUACUUAAAAUUAUGUAAAUUAUUGUUUCAUUCAAAAAGAUAAUUAUAUUAGAAAAGAUCUAACUAUGAUCUAGCUCCAUUACUCUCAUAUAGUUUUAUUGCAGUACAAAUUCUCAUCCUCCCUUCUAACGAACAUUUUAGAAGCAAAUAAAACUGUAUACAUAUUGCUCAAAAAAUGUGUGUUUCCUAUUUUUUUUUAUAUUGAGUGUAUUGACAUCUUUUGACAUCUUUUAAUCGGUACCUAUAUUACAUUAUUUCAAAUAAGUUCACACAAAAUGGCUCUGAGUUUUUAUUGGCUGUUUUCAUGACGUCACAGUUUCUCUUGCACGCCAUUGGACAAAAUUUAUUCAGGUGUCAGGUGUACAAAAUGCUAUUUUCGUUCUUGUAUUUAGCCAGAUUAAGAUUCCAAAGUAUAGAUUAACAAUUAUGAUAAUUUAUAAAGGUAUUUAAGUAAUUUCAGAAGUAUUUAUUAAAUAAAAAUACGCAAUUUGAGCAAUAAUCUUUUUAUAUUCAGAACAGCAAAAGGCUACAGAUUAAUAUGAAACGUCAUUGAUGAGUUCAAAUUAUAGAAGAUAGAUGGCGCAUUGAGAUCGGUGUUGCAAUGAAUUAACUUCAACAAAUUUGUUCUGUAAAUAACAGUUUUUUAUGAAUUUGUCAAAAAUAUUUCAUAACAUCAAGAAUUAUUUCGUAAAAUAUGCUCCCUGUUGUUAUCAUAAAAUUGUUUCACAACAGAACUGUCAAACCGUGCUUCAAUAAAUGCUCGCAAAGAAAAUAUGUCCAUACAAAAGAACUUUGAAAAUAAAAAUAAUUAUAGGUCUCAAAUCGAAUUAAAAACUAUCCUCUCUCAUGUUGGACUAAACUGCACUCCAUGAAGUAAUCCCCAAUAAAAUAAAAAUUAUCCGUUCAUUAGUUUAGGAGUUCACUGGAAACAAACAUCAGGACACUGGAUAUAUAUAUAUAUAUAUAUAUAUAUAUAUUAAUUAAUAUCAUAUUUUGGUAAUAAGCAAUAACUAUAAAUAGGAAAAAUUUUAUGGUUUCUGUUUUCGGAUUAUUUUCGUUGAUGGAAAGGACAUCUAAUAAAAAACUUAACUAAUAAUACAUUCCAAGAUUCAAGAUAAAGUUUUUCUAAAAUAGCUGUGACAGUUAACAAGAUUAUAAACCUAUUUUCUCAGAUUAAGGAUUGGUCUCCGCUGCGGUCCAAAUAAAUACCGCACUACCUAAGAACAACAGCUUUUUUAAAUAACUUUAUAUUGAAGUGUGUGUUGGCCAUUUGUAAAGAUGCUUGUGUGCGUGGCAUCUUGACACUCAACGGCUGCUUUCAAAUUUUGUAACAUACGCUUCGUGUUAUUUUACAUUGAAAUUAAUAAAAUACAAAAUACUGAUGAUAUGUGAUACGGUCAGUGUCUUUCUUAUUUCUUGUAGUAUUAUUUUUACAAAGUUUUACAACGCAACCUUAGCAACGCAAUUUUAGUUUCAAUUCACAUUGUUUGAGACUGGCUCGAGUACGCCCGCUUGGGCGUAGUAUUAGUUGCCGCAUUUUGCGACUACGCCUGCGCAUCUAGUUGGAGCAGAGACCAAUCGUUAAUCUAAGAUUAUUUUAUUGGACUAUAUGAAAAUGAAGUAAUAAAGUUUGUUUACUCUAUGUAGGGUAACUAACUCAUGACCGCGAAAUAAAUACUUUAAAAUUUCAAAGUAUAAGUAAGCAAUUGCUACGAUUUUAAACUAUGAUUCUAUUGGAUAUUAAAACUUUAGCAGUAAUCUCUGAACCCGAAAAUAUAUUUUCAAAAUAUUUGGACCUACAUAAAAUCGAUAUGAACCAAUCUCAGUAUUUUCUUACAACUGCGCGGCGCGUUAAAUCAUUCUUAAUCCAAAUCGUACCACCGCGGUCAAAUAGAUGGCGCUCAAAUGCAAAACAGGCUUUAACAAUCUUGUAUCAAUAAUACAUACAAUUUAAAUAGCAGUUAAAUGAAUGUAGAAUGAAAUAGCCAUAAAAGAAGUGUUUGUAAUUUGAGUUAAAUAAAUUUGUGUAACCAUAAAAAGGCAUCUGUACAAAAAUACUUUAAGAAGCAUACUUAUUUACCAUUUUUGAAACUAAAACUGAAAUUAUCGCCGUAUUUCUUUUUGGUAGGGAUAAUAUAUGUUAUCCAGUCGGACAAGAUUGUCAUGUGGCGCGUACCUUGUAGCGGCCAGGGCUGUCACUCUUGCAUUUAUUUUAGUUAAAUCAAGUUAUGAAUUUUUGUAUCGUUAAGGUUGUAUUUAGUGAAUUAUUUAACGAAAGAAUUGUGAAUGUAUUCUUGAAAUUAUUUUUUGUAAUAUUAAGUUGAAAGUUAUUAUAUGACUUUUUUUAUAA